AUGCACCAAAAAUCUAAAGAUCACAUUUUGAGUAUCAGUGACCUCAAGCUUAGAGAAAGCUUUCAAGUGACAGUUUCAAAUGCAAAGAAGAACAUCGACAAUCAAACCCUGGAAAUUACAAGGAGGCAGAUUGUUCAGCUUAAAACAGUGUAUCUUAUGACUAAGAACGACGUUGCCGCUGAUAACUUUAUUCCAGUAAUGGAACUUCAGGCUGCGAACAGUUGCAGAGAUGCUUCUGUUUUUUAGAAGAAACCUGAAAAUGUUUCAGAGAUUUCCUGGAAUUUGUAACAGUGCUAACCUUAGGACUCCCACUGUUCCCUCUGGGACCCUCAACCUUUGGUUAAAGGAGUCUUAGGGACUCAGAAAGGAAAAUAUUGAGGGAAAACCCUGAUCAGGCUCUUCCCAAGACCCCCUAACCAUGCACCUUGUCUGCUCCAUUUUCUUUAGUACUGCCACCAACCACUUUACAGUCCUUGUCACUCACUUUGUCGGCACUAAUAAUGCUGUCGCUGACUCUUUAUCCUGUUUGCAGAUCUCCUGGUUCUGCUAUCUCACAUCAGCAUCAGACCCGGACCCAACCCCUGUCCCCCUCGACAAUUUUAUUUGGCAGACCGUCUACCCUUCCUCCAAUCUCAGGAGAUGGUGGACUCAACCCACCACUCCUACCAGGCUGGCAUUCGGUGAUACUCUAACUUCUGUGGCUCCAGAGGAUGGCAAAGUUUCCUUGCCACUGAGAUCACACUACGCUUCCUGUCGCCUUCUUGGCUGACCAAGUCAGCUACAAGACCAUAAAGUUAUAUAUGGCAGGCCUCCUUUUUAUACACACCAAAAACAGCCUACCGGACCCCUUCUCAUCAGCACCACUCCUUCAUUUCCUCCUGCUUGGAAUCAAGUGCACCAUAGGGCUCUUAUCUUGUCAGCGCUUCCCUGUAACAAUGUCCCUUCUUCGACAGAUUAAGGAGGAGCUAUCUCAUACCUCUGAUUUCUGGCCAUCUGAUAAGCUGAUGCUGUGGUUGGCGUUUACAUUAGCCUUCCACUGCUUCUUCACCUUCAGCAUCACAAUUAAAUCCCCUAGUGCAUCUUUGCACCACUUGUCCCUUCUAAUGGGUGCCUCAUGUUGCAUCUCAAGUCAUCCAAGACUGACCCUUAUUGUCAGGGCUGUUUCUUAUUGAUUGCCCCCUCUCAUGGUUCAGUCUGGGUUGUCCACAAUCUUCCAAAAGUACCUUGCUUUGCAUCCAACCAGCAGUGCAUCCCCUCUUUAGUUCUUCCAGUCUGGCAGCCACCUCACCAGAGCCAAAGUUACUAAUAUUCUUCGCACCCUCCUCCAGCAUCUUGGUAUCCCAAUAAAACUGUAUGCAUCCCACAGUUUUAGAAUUGGUGCAUCCACCUCAGCAGCUGAGGCUGGCCUACCUCUUUGGCUGAUCAAAACACUCACACAAUGGUCAAGCAACUGCUUCACUAUUUACCUUAGAACUCCGCCUUCUGUUCUUUAG